ACACACUGAUAUUAAAAAAGCCUGCUGGCAAGUUAAGGUCAAAACAUGCAUGAACAUAAAACAGUAAUAUGGCCAUCUCUCAUCUGUGUUGCUGGCUGGACUCCGAGAAAGCACCUGUGAGACCAGAGAUUAAGUUAUAAAUCAUUUUAGAUUGAUUUGAAGUGUGUUAAUUAUUUAGGCAAAUCAAUUACAUUUAACUAUUAAGUUGUGAAUCUGUGUGUGUGUGUGUGUCUGUGCUUCGAUUAUCUGAAGAACGGGGCACUGUACAAAGUGGAAAGUCGUUGGGCGCAUUGCUCAGGCUCCAAGGACAUGCAGUGUCGCGAGCUACGCUGUUUGAAGAAGCGACAGUACAAUGCAUUGUCCUGGCCAACAGCUGCUGCCAACAUAGAGGUCACCCAGCCUCACUUUCUAACGGUUUCCCCCCAGAGGAUGCUGGGAAUGUGUCGCGGACGCAGAAAGUUCCUGGCGGCCUCGCUCGCCCUGCUCUUCAUCCCGGCCCUCACCUGGCUCUAUCUGUCGGCCGGGAACUUUCAAGUGAAGCCCCUCCCCCUGUCGCCCCUGUCGCCCCAGGCGUCUACGCUGGUGGGCGGGCCCGGGGAGCGCCAGGCGCUGGAGCUGCGGGUUCGAGAGAUGGAGGAGGAGAACCGGGCCCUGCGCAAGGAGCUCAGCAAGCCCCCCAGGAGCCCGCAGGGCCGUCCUCACCACGGCAACCGCCAUGGCAACCAGUCCCGGACCCACUCGGAGGAGGGCACGGGGGAUAACGAGGGAUUGAAGUCGGGCGCCGCGGGCAACGGCUCGGACUGUGCACAGCAGCCGCCUGUGGAUAAGUGCGAGGUGAGUCACGAACCGCCGGGCAUUCUGUGUACAGAUGUCUGCUCUUUCCACACACGUAGGAACUCCUUGGAUCUCCAUCCUCCAUCCAAUGUCCUCUGCUCUCCGCUACUGGCCCACAAAGAGGGGACCCGACCUCAGCGUGUGUCUUGUGUUCCGUCCUCAGGUCAGCAGGUUCUGGGCCUGGUGGAGAACCAGAGUGACUGGUACCUGGGGAACCUGUGGAAGAACCAUCGUCCCUGGCCAGCACUGGGACGAGGCUUCAACACAGGGGUGAUUCUGCUGCUACUGGACCGCCUGAGGAAGCUGAGAUGGGAGCAGAUGUGGAGACUGACGGCAGAGAGAGAGCUGAUGAGCAUGCUGUCCACCUCACUGGCUGAUCAGGACAUCUUCAACGCUGUGAUCAAACAGAACCCCUUCCUGGUGCACCAGCUGCCCUGCUUCUGGAACGUCCAGCUGUCGGACCACACCCGCUCCGAGAAGUGCUACAAAGACGUGUCCGACCUCAAGGUGAUCCACUGGAACUCCCCUAAGAAGCUGCGGGUGAAGAACAAGCACGUGGAGUUCUUCCGGAACCUCUACCUGACCUUCCUGGAGUACGACGGCAACCUCCUCCGCCGGGAGCUGUUCGGCUGCCCCAGCGAGACGGACCACAACAGCGAGAACCUCCAGAAGACCCUGUCGGAGCUGGACGAGGACGACCCGUGCUACGAGUUCCGGCGGGAGCGCUUCACGGUGCACCGGACGCACCUCUACUUCCUCCACUACGAGUACGAGCCCAGCGCCGACCACACCGACGUCACGCUGGUGGCCCAGCUGUCCAUGGACAGGCUCCAGAUGCUGGAGGCCAUCUGCAAGCACUGGGAGGGCCCCAUCAGCCUGGCCCUCUACCUGUCGGACGCCGAGGCGCAGCAGUUUCUGCGCUACGCCCAGGGCUCCGAGGUGCUGAUGGGCCGCGGCAACGUGGGCUACCACGUGGUCUACAAGGAGGGCCAGUUCUACCCAGUCAACCUGCUGAGGAACGUGGCCAUGCGCCACGUCAACACGCCCUACAUGUUCCUGUCCGACAUCGACUUCCUGCCCAUGUACGGCCUCUACGAGUACCUCAGGAAGUCGGUGGUGCAGCUGGACAUGGGCAACACCAAGAAGGCCCUGGUGGUGCCGGCCUUCGAGACGCUCCGCUACCGCCUGUCCUACCCCAAGUCUAAAGCAGAGCUGCUCACCCAGCUGGACAUGGGCACGCUGUUCACCUUCAGGUAUCACGUGUGGACCAAGGGCCACGCCCCCACCAACUUUGCCAAGUGGAGGACGGCCACCACCCCGUACAGGGUGCAGUGGGAGGCCGACUUUGAGCCCUACGUCAUGGUGCGCAGGGACAGCCCCGAGUACGACCGCAGGUUCGUGGGCUUUGGCUGGAACAAGGUGGCCCACAUCAUGGAGCUGGACGCUCAGGAGUACGAGUUUGUGGUCCUGCCCAACGCCUACAUGAUCCACAUGCCGCACGCGCCCAGCUUCGACAUCACCAAGUUCCGCUCCAACAAGCAGUACCGCGUCUGCCUCAAGACCCUCAAGGAGGAGUUCCAGCAGAACAUGUCCCGGCGCUACGGCUUCGCCGCGCUCAAAUACAUGACGGCGGAAAACAACAGCUAGCCACCACUGCAAACCCUCUCUCCCCCCGACUAGGAAGGGAGCGGGGGUGGGGGGAGAGAGAGGGGGGCUCUGUGCGGGGAGCCUCUUUGAGCUUUCAGACUUCCACCUGGCCGAGAGCGGAGGCAUGGCACCCUGGCUCUGCAAGUGACCUCUGACCCCUUCGAGAGGGAACGGCGAGGUCACCGCGCCUAAACUUUUGUCUCACCCCAACGGGAGCGAAGUGCAAUCCAGGACUUUUUUUUUUGUUGUCGUUCUUUUUCUUCAUCCCCCUCCUCCUCCCUCCUGCCUGGGUUGAGAAAGCCUGGUUUCGAAGCUUUGACCCGGUUGACCGGUUUCCUCGUAGGAGCGCCCUGCUUGGUAACAGGGCUGUUCCUGGCGUGGAGUUGCUCCACGCCAGAGGAGGAACAGCUCGUCGCCCACACGGGGGGAAACCGGACGUCGCAGCCGGGGGAACGGAGAGUGGCGGACCGGCUAGCGUUAGCCUUGGAAAGCAGACAUGAAUUGCCUUGCCAUAUCAGAGACUUAAGCGUUAACUGCUGUGUGCCGGGCUAUGUCAUGUGUGUGUGUGCGAUUGCCUGUUGGACAAUGCUUAGCAAAAAGCUUAGGGAGACCUAAGCGUGAAGCUUUGAAGUAUAGCCGGCUCACAUUUGUGUCCACACACUGGCGAAUCGCAACGUUUUUCUUUCUUUUGUUGUUGUUGUUGUUGCCGUGCCAAUAUAAAAGAGCAAUGAUUUGACUGACAGCAAUCCCCAGAAUCACUCUCGAGGGAAUGCAAACACUGUACGCAGGGCAGCAGGAUAAAGGCGAAGCGUCUGGGCACAUUUCGAAGAGCGCUUUCCCGUGACUGACGCAUCCAGCGAUACGCGGUCAGCCAUCUUUUAUCGUGACAUUUGUUUUUAAUCUGUCGAUGUCGAUCAAAACAAAUCUUCUGACUCGCGUUACGAGGAUAGCACCGUACAAGGACUCCGGUAGGUCAUCCUAACAAUUGCUAUUCAAGGUGUUGGGUAUCAGCUACACUGGAAUGAUUGGUGUGUGUGUUUUGGCACCGUAGCGUCAGAAGAGCCUGCUGUAGCCUAUGUAAAGGUCAGGGUGUGUGUGUGUGUGUCAGUGGUUAGGUGUGUACCCCGCUUGAAAGGUUCAUCAAGUGGAAUAUUAACACGUGUGGCACACACCAUACACUGCUCAGAGGACCGUGUUCAAUCUUGCCAAUUUCAUGCUGUCAGGGUCUAGAACCUUCUCUUCGCUCAGAGCCGGCGACGACGCAAUCGAACGCUCUCACCUAUGGUUUUGUUUGCUCAUCGAUAUCGACGUGUUUUUUUGUUGUUGUUGUAUUAUUAUUAUUAUGAUGAUGACCUGAAUCAGUGUUAGCUAUCAAGUAUGUGUUUACAGUCCUGGGGGCAGCCACGCUGCACUGCCUCCUGUCACGAGGGGGGGCGCUGCCACGCCACUAUCAGAGGAUCAAGGACUCCAGGACAGCAUUUUCAAAUGUACAACGACCACCAGUGCGACCCGGAGAUCCACACGACAGACGGGAGGGCGGUUUACGUGUGUGUGUGCGCGCGUAUGAAAGUCUCCGUCCAGGUUCAUGGUGGCUUUGCCAGUACCGUCUGGGGGGAUUGGAGGGAGGGAGGGGGUGGUAUCUGGAACAGCAGCAGGGUUCGUCCUGGGAGGGGGUGGUAUCUGGAACAUCAGCAGGGCUGGUCCUGGGAGGGUGGUGUACUGGUCGGCCCGACCAUCUCGGUGUGGGCCUUCACUACUCACAACCACGCAAGGGCUUGCUGCAGUACAACGUGUGUGUGUUUGUACCGGGGGGGGGGGGGAGUGUAUGUGUGUGUCAUAGUGGAGAUGGUUAUUGGCUCUGUGUGUGCGCGUUUGUGUGUGUAGCUUUGCAGGCAGUGCAUCACAGGGGAGUAACCAGAGGUGUGUAACUAUGACAGUGCCGACAGACAUGCUGCUACCUAAAUAAAAGCGUAUGAGCGAGACGAGGGGACUGUGUGGUGUGUCUGUUCUCGCCAUCGGUGCACCGCACAGCGCCACCACAAACCCACGGGGAUGUCCCUUUAAACGUCGACGAUGGCACGCCACAGUGUCAGUGUCGAGAACGAGUCGGAGAAACGUUCACGUCGAGCCGGAACAGACAGCUAAUGACUGCUGUUGUGGCAAAAAAACCGACAACGAAAAUUACUUCACAGCGGUAAGUAAUUGUGUACACAGUCAUUUUGUCCAUGUUGUUUGCCUCCUCCUCAGCCCCUCCCGCUCUAACACACAGUGAUGCUUUCUGGAAAGUGUGGUGACAAAAUGGCCGACGUCUUGAUGAAAGGAGGACAGGGUGGCGCGAGGAGAGACACCUGUUUCAUCUCCUCCCCUGCGUCCGCAAUGUGUCCCCGCCGUCCCGCUGGCAGGCAGACAUCCUGUCACUCCUUUUCAAGAAACAUCCCAGGACAACCCGGUUCCUCUUAUCUGAAGCGUUAUGAGAUGUUUUGAAAGCAGUCCGCCCAUGCUUUCAGCUCCAAAAGUAAUGCAGGGAUCCUUCAAAAUAUCUGGCCAUUUGAGAAGUGUUGCCUUGAUGUCUAGUCUAGUCUGUCUAGAUGGUACCGGGCUGGAAGAGGCUGGUGGUGCUGAUAGCAUUAGCACCUAAUGUAGCCUGGCCUCCCCAGGCCAAGCCCCAGACGGUGUACCAGAGGAGCCCACACACACACACACACAGGGAACAUGACUAUACGACACGAGAGAGCAUGCGGAACCAGCUCCGUCACUGGGUUAUUCAUAAACCAUCUUCUCCCCGACCUGUCUGGAGAAGCGUGGCGGUCCUGAGGUCGACGGAGGCCAAGAGAGAGAGAAGUGUCUGACGGACGUGUAGACGGGGGGGGGACGACGACACUUGUGAUCUUUGUUCAUGGAAGCCAGGGAAUGUCACGCCAGCUUUCCGGUGUGCAGUGGGGUGGGGGGUGGGUCAUCUCAUUCUGUCAGU